AUGCCACGAAUACCCCGAGUCUCGGGGCUCAAGGCCUUGCCCUUGAAUCUUGCUCCCUCGUCGGCUAGCCCUGCCCGACCAUCAUUCGCCGCUGCACGCGCCAUCUCGACCACGUGCGUCGCUCGAGGAAAGAACACGGAAUGGGUGCGAGGGAAGCUGUGGAAGGGCGAGGCGCCAGGCCCGGAAGAUCCAUACACACAGAGACCAGAGCCUGAGGAGUCUUCAAACCUGCCGGAAGAAGCUCUCGAGUACCAGCCUCACCCCGACCGGACCCCCGCUCAGAUUCUGGCCUCCCGCCUGACCUUGCCGCCGAAGCGUACGGAAGCGACACCCGAAUCGCAAUUGAAGUCGUCGGACCCUACCUACGUGCCGGCAACCGAUGCCGAGGGCCUCGAGGAGAUUAGCACCAUCACGACGUGGUGGGACCAGCCCGGCCAUUGGGGCGCGGAGAGCGAGUUUGACGCUUUUGGCAACGUUGCAAAGGUGGCAGACAAAGAGAUUGUGGAGGUCUACCUGAGAAGGGCAGUCGUUGAGCUGCUCGCGCUACAAGAAUCGGGCGUGUUUGCAGAUUGGGCGACCAAGAAGUGGAACGAGGGUGACCGAAGCGCGUUGGAUAGCACGCUGGCGGUCGAGAUCCAGGUGCAGGAUGGCAAGGCUUCGCUCAACGGCGACGCCUCAUCGCUCUCCCAGGGCCUGACGGCCGAGCUGGAAGAAGUCGACACGCCGGAGAGAGUGACCCUUGACGAGGCCAAGGAGCUUGUCAAGGCAUGGGACCCUGCGUGGAAGAGCAUCGCGCUCGACGAGCAAGCCAAGUUUGCUGUUCGGAAGCGUCUCUACCAGCUUACGGGCAACCUCGUCCCCGACGCCAAGCUCGCCGCGGCCACGACCGUCAAGCAUAUCCUCACACUCGCCGCGAAGGAGCCCAAGCCGCAGAAGCUGACGCAGUUGCUAAGCCGGCGGGAUGACUUGCAGCGCCUCUCCAACGUCAAGGUGCAUAGCCACAAGAUUCGCGCCAUUGAGAAGGAGACGGUUGUGGGCCGCUGGAAGGUGAUUGAGGAAGAGCUCAAGAGGCGCGGCCUACCUGUCACGGGUACGGCGGGCUUGUCCAGGAACAAGGAGAGGGAUUGGAUCACGGGCAAGGCGUAG